AGCUUGGAGGCCUGCCACGGGAGGCUUUAGCGCGAGGCAGCCUGGAGUUAUGUGGGACAGCUGUCAGCCGGCAUGCUGGGUGGGGCCUAUUUAGCCCGGCAGGGGCGCAGGUCUGGGGACACUGAGCUAGUCUCUCCCCCCAGCAUUUUCAGCCCCGCUGGCCGCUCGGUUCCAGGAUGAUGACCGAAGAACACACAGACCUGGAGGCACAGAUCGUCAAGGACAUUCACUUUAAGGAGAUCGACCUGGUGAACCGGGACCCCAAGAAUAUUAACGAGGACAUAGUUAAGGUGGACUUUGAAGACGUGAUCGCGGAGCCCGUGGGCACCUACAGCUUCGACGGCGUGUGGAAGGUGAGCUACACCACGUUCACCGUCUCCAAGUACUGGUGCUACCGGCUGCUGUCCACGCUGCUGGGCGUGCCGCUCGCCCUGCUCUGGGGCUUCCUGUUCGCCUGCAUCUCCUUCUGCCACAUCUGGGCCGUGGUGCCGUGCAUUAAGAGCUACCUGAUCGAGAUCCAGUGCAUCAGCCACAUCUACUCGCUCUGCAUCCGCACCUUCUGCAACCCGCUCUUCGCCGCUCUGGGCCAGAUCUGCAGCAGCAUCAAGGUGGCGCUGCGGAAGGAGGUGUAGCAGGUUGGGCGAUGGGGGUGGCGGGCGGGGGCAGAGAGGCCAGGCCAACCCCCUGGUUCCGUGUCAUUAGGCGGCUGGCGAGCUCUUUCUCUUUAGGGACUACUCGAGUUCCCCCCCACGUUGGGAGCACACUGUAUAGGGAAGUCAGAAAGAAAGGACAGCCCAGCCACCGAAGCUCAGAGGCCCUUCACCCUGCCCGGGCACCCCGGCGCCACCCUGGUGCCCCCAUGGCCGGGCCUGAGGGAAGAUCGUUUGCUAAGAGGCAGCUACCGCAAGUCUUGCAUUCACCUGUACUGUGACAACAAACCAGCAUUCGUUCCCGCCGGGCCACCCGGCCCACAUGCACUCAGGAACCACAGUGACUAUGGCGAGAGG